AUGACAUCAAUGAUAACGGCAAUGCCAGGAGAGAAGAGUUUUGCCAAUUUUUUCUGGUCAAAAGAUUCAAGCGGGUUUGAAAUUCUAUCAAGUCAAAAUCAGAAAGGCACAAAAACGUUAAAUUCGUUAUCCAUUUUCUACAAGGAGUUUCAGACACUGGAAAAUGAGUACUCAAGGAGAUUCACCUCUUUAGUAAAGAAACUGAAUAUUUCGAAACAUGAAUAUGGUGGGUCCUUGCAGGGAAGCUUAGAAACUUUCCAAGAGCAGUGUACCAAAAUCGCCGAAGCACAUUCACUCCAAUCGAGACGAGUCAACGACUCUUUGCAAAUUCCACUAUUAGAGCUGAUUGGAGAAAGAAAGGCAAGGGAGAAAUCAUUAGAGGCAAAGGUCCAACAAGUAUGGUUACAACUCUCCGACUAUAAAGGCAAAUGCGAUUCCAAGAGCUUGAAAUAUGAAAAAAUUUGGAAGGAGAUCAAUACUUUGAAAAGUACAAGAUUAACUUUGGAUAAUCGUGAAGCUCAAAAGCUUCAAGAGAAAAUCAACGCUUUAAAGCAGAAGAUGUAUGUCAUUAGGGAGGAAAAUUACGAAUUGACUAGAAAAUAUAACGAGCAAUUGGAUCAUUGGCUGUCACUAUGGUGGGAUUCAUGCAAUGAGUUACAGGUCUCCGAAGAGAAGAGAAUCAAGUUUUUGAAACGUAGCCUGUGGGAAUUUGCAAAUAUUGAAAGUACCUUCUCUGUGGAACAAGAUCAAUAUGCAGAAAAUAUCAGGUCUUCUCUGCAGGAAUGUAGUGCAGAAAGGGACAUUGCCUCUUUCAUCAACGAGUUUCAGACAGGGGAUAACAUGCUGGCGCCCUUGGAAUUUAUUGAUUUUGCAAACAAUCAAUCGAGGCCAGUAGUAAUGGAGACGACAAGAAAGUUUAAUAUAAAUGAUAUUCCUAGUAUAAGAGAGAAAAUUGAAAAACAACAUCAGUCAAGGCAGAAAAAGAAGAACCCUCCACCAAAGGUAGACGAACUUACCGAUAUGGCUUUUGAGAUGAUUGGAAAAUCAAAGGAAACUUUCAAAGAACUACAAGAGCAGGCACAAAAGGAAGUUUCGCAAAUGAAACUAUCUACGCCGCAUGAAAUUGAUUCAAAAUCAGUGUCUGAACCAAGCACGUUUAAAGUGAUGUCUGAUUAUUCCACACAUACCGACCAAACAAGUGUUCUCUCACAAGAUGCCAAUGCCAGUUUUGAAAAUGAUAUUGAUCUACAUAUUGCACACUUAAACAAGCCGCAAGCGGGUGAUGAUAGUUUUGAUAGAUCGGAUAUUUCUGAAUCUCACGAUUGCUUGGAAAAGAAAAAUAACGUUCCUCUCUCAGAAGCAGGGACUAUCCAUACAUCCAAUCAUGAAAAGACUUUUUCAGUGAAGAAUGAUAUUUUAAGGGAGUCUAUGUCACCAACGAAAAAAACAAAUUCCAGGACAGCCAAACUAAAUACAUUCGCCAAUCUUGUAAAGACUAAAUUUGAGAUUGCACCGCAGAAUCAAAACUGUACGAAAAUAUCCCGUUUAGGGAAUAGGUUAUCGAGCAACUCCUUGAUGCUGUCACCUGAAGAAAUUGAAAAAUCUAGAAUAGCUCUUGCUCCACAACGGAAAUUGUCAAAUGGAAUGAAAAAAUCAAAAUCACAGUAUAAUUUUGAGAAUAAACAUGUUAAUAUGGAGUAUCUCCCAUCAUUCUCUUCAGAAGGAUUCCCAGUGAUUGUCCAUUGUCGGGCCAAAUACAGUUACACGCCAGCUAUACCAGAGGAGUUGGCCUUCAAAAAGAGAGACAUCCUCCUCAUCCUUCACAAACAACCUGAUGGCUGGUGGUUUGCCGAAAACAUGAGGACAGGUGACUCUGGUGUUGCCCCAAGCAACUACCUGACUGAGAUCUGA